AUGUACUACAGAGCAGCAGUAUUGGACAGCCUCUUCCCUGCCACCCAAGAAUAUAACCGACCACCAUGGGUAUCCAUAGAACAACACUGGCUACAAAACCAAGACAUUAAAACACUAAUGUGGCUACCCCCACACAGAAGGGGUGACACAACACAAGCACUCCCAGCCACCCUGGCAAUGUUAAAACUUUGGGACAUCUCGCGUAAACUCCUGUGUAGCAACCACCCAACCCCCCUCUCAAUCCCCAUCAAAGCUUUAGCACGGGUGAUACCAGAUUUCUAUUAUAAAGUCUGGAACAGAUGUGGGGUGCUUCACGUAUAUACUCUCCAAAACAAAGGGAAACUAGCCAUGUUUGACCAACUAAAAGAAAGUCAUACCCUCCCGAAUACGGCGCAUCACUCCUACCUCCAAUUAUCAUCCUGGUGGAAAACCAAUUUACAGAACUUUAAAUCCCAG